GUUUUGGAAAGGGAAAAUACUUUGAAAGGAAUCAGUACUGAAGACUGCAAAUCUGUACUGUGAGGAAUGGCAGAAACAAGUAGCACUUACACUAAGGAAAGUACUCUGGAACAGAAACAACAGAUUCUUCAGUUGGCAAACCAGGUGGAACAUUGGAAAAAGAAAAUGCAACAAAUAGAAAGGCAGCUGAAAUGCCUGGCGUUUCAAAAUCCUGGACCGCUUCUAGCAGAUUUCAACCCUGAAACUCGGGAACAGCAGAAGAAAGCUUGCCUGUCAAUGAUAAACCAGGAUUGCUUUAAUAAUACAAAGAAAACUGUGAAGAAAUAUGACAAACAUGGCCAGCUGCUUUCCAACAAAGCAGAUUUGUGUGACUGCCUGGAGAAGAACUGCUUGGGCUGCUUCUACCCCUGCCCUAAAUGCAAUUCCACCAAGUGUGGGGCAGAGUGUCGCUGUAACAGAAAAUGGGUUUAUGAUCAGGUUCAGAUAGAGGCUGGACAAAUUAGUAGAUUUCCAUUUUGAGCCAACUGACAACAUUUUCAUUUUGUUUUCCCCCAUUGUGACAAAAAAUGCUUCAAAAA